AUGUUUUGCAAAGAAAUGAUUCCAGGUGUGGUGGCCUCCGAUUUUACGGCAGAAUGGGUACACCGCCGGGCGAAAUGCCAGUGGCAGAAAUUUCUGCCGACGUCGUGUUCUGUUGCGCAAGCAGUUCGAAUGUUCUUGCCUCAGUCUUCAGAGCUGCUUGAGUCACACAUGGCGCUGUGUAAGCAAAGGCAGAAAGUACACAAGUACUGCCUCAGCCGCGACGCCAUUUUCGCAUUUUCCGCAUGCAAAAUGGACUCGUCGGUGAUAUGCUGGUUAGCUGAUACCAUUAGCUGA